UUUUGCACACGGUCCAUUCUUUACUCCCGCCAUAGUUACCACCGACUCGAGUCAGACCGAUAUUUCAGUCAGAGUGGAUGAGGAAGCAGCAGUGUAUACAAAGAAGGUACCAGUGUAUGUUUGUUUGUAAAACCCUCAAGUAAUUUGCCUGCCAUCAGGGCAUCUGGGUUUGCUCUCAGGCAGCAGAACUGUAGGUUAUACCGCCACCGGGAGCGCAGUUGUGAUUCCGAUCAUUCCGUGCAACCUGCAGACAUAUCAGUGUGCAAAAGUGUUGCAUUAGGAGGCGCUGUGUCUACUCGAAAGUGUGAAGUCAUCGCUCUCCAGCAAGCAGCAGCUUGCUCAAACCCUGCUUAAAGCGCUCUGCAAGUUAUAUCAAAGCUUUAACUGUUAGUGACGCUGUGGUGAGAUUUUGUUUUUUGUUAAAGACCUUUUAAUAUAAAGAGCAUCAUGGUUAAGAAUGGCGAUGAUGGAGUUUGCAGGGAUUUCCUGCGCAAUGUUUGCAAACGUGGCAAUAGGUGCAAGUUUAGGCACCCCGAUCAAGGGGAAGUGAAGAAAGAGCUGCAGUUUUGCCAUGAUUAUCAGAACAAAAUGUGCAUGCGUAGCAAUUGCAAGUUCAUCCAUUGUACCAAAGAGGAUGAAGAAUACUACCACCAGACCGGAGACCUCCCCCCUGGCGUGGAGGAGUCUGCUGCAAGGAAUGCUGUUCAGGAUGGAGCCAAUGGUGAAAUUCCAGUGUGUCGCGAUUAUCUGAAGGGAGAAUGCUCGAGGGCAAGUGCCUGCAAAUACCGUCACAUGAGCCGUGGUGAUGUGGAGCAUGAGCAACGCAAUCGCAGGAGGUCACGGCCUCCAGGUCCUCCACCACCCGAUCGAUACGCUGAUGAAUAUGAACACGAGCGUUACAGGCGAUGGCUUGAGCACUCCAGAUACGAGGACUUUGAUCGUAUGGAUAGAGAUAGGUAUUUCCGUGAAAGAGAUCCCAGGGAGAUGCCCUUCAGAUCCAGAGGAGGAACAGAUGCCAGAGAGCUAGAGGAAGAGAAUGUUAUGCUCCGCCGCAAAAACGAGGAGCUGCGCAAAACUGUUGCAGAUCUGACCUCCACCAACGACGUCCUCCUUGAGCAGAAUGCCCGCUUGCGUGCUCUGCGUGCAGAAGCCACCUCGGCUGUCCUGCAGGCUGAGACCCAUCUGGUAAACUCGACAGCGACUGCUGGCCCCCAGCUUUCCCAAGGGAUGAACUUGGCAAUGUAAAGGUGAGGCCGUGAGUUUAACAUCAGGUCAAGCCUCAGUCAAUCUUGGCAGAUAUAAAAACAGAUUUGUAAGUAAAUAAACAAAGAAAUGAAAUAAAAAGGAAAACAAAAUAAGGUCAUUAACACAAUCGCUGAACAGGUAUUUGGAAGAGGGUUUUUUUUUCAUUGCCUGAUUUAUUUCUCUCCUUUGUACAUAAAGAAAUUUUCCAGUUUAAUGACACAUGCGUUAUACAUUGUAGCCUUUAUAUCAUGAGAAGAAAUAAUGUUGAGUUUGAAGAACACUGUAGACAGAUACUGGCAUGAAUAUUCACAUGAAUGUGUUGCUUAAUCCAGAAUGGAGAAUGAAAAAAACGACAGCAACUAUGGUAGUCUACUAGAAUUUUGUAUUGUAUUGAUAUUUCACUGAUUCAUGGUGUGUAUAAUAUUAGCCUUCAGAGUUUAAAAAAAAAACAGUUCCAGUUUUUGGUGAAAACAACAUUGUUACAAUCAUUUUUUAAAUUACCUACAUCAGGUUUAUUGUUAUUCAGUCUUUGUUGUAAAAUUUUAGUAUAAAAUUAAAGAAAAUAAAAUAUCUCUUGUAAUUGAUUUAGAAACACAAAGUUAUUGUUAUCUGCAUUGAUCCAGAUUUGAUAAGACUGUUUUUUUUUUCAACCACACACAUUUGGAAAAACGUUGAAACAAAACUAUACUUCAUCACAUGUAGUUCUUUAUUAGUCAAAUGUGAAGCACACUGUAUAUUUUGACAUAAUAUUUACACAUAUAAAACAUUUAACUUUGUACAUUUUAUGAGAAUUUAUUUACUUUGUGUUAAAAUUUUGUUUUUCUUUUCCUUUUUUUAAAUCGUAGGCUUAAGAAAUGCUUUGAAUUUUAACCAAAAAAAAGGGGACAUCUUGUCUCAGUGGUAAAAUCAACAAACUUUCAUUUAUUUGAGACUAAACAUGAAACAUUUUUCAUUUGUACAUACUGGAAACUUCUAUCCAUGAGUGGUUUGCUGUUUCAUUUUACAUGAGCUGUUAUGUUGCAGUCAUAUUUUCCCUACGGCGGCCGUACGGCGACUCGAAAACGGCCACUUUAUAACAUUUUUUUGACCAGCUACAUAUUGGUGGUUUGAAUAAAAAUAAAACUGCUGUUUGACAUGUCAUAUGGCUCUUGUGGGGGAAUGUGACUGCAGCAAUAAUCACAAUAAACAUGAAAUGAUUAGUGUACAUUGCUCCGCUAUACAUUCAAACAACGUAAUAUUGACAGACAUGAUGGAGCAUAUACAGUAUUACUUUUAUGCAAAGCAGAAAACGUGUCUUUGGUUAUCUGCACAAUUUGUAUUUUACACCUACAUCUACCUACAUGUAUUAUAUCAGCUUGUGUAACAUGAAAAUCAAAAUGUAUAUAUGCGAAGAGAUUAUUUCUUUAGUACUUUAUGCCCUACCAGUAGAUCACAUUUUGGCAUGAUAAAAAUGAUCAGAAUUAAAAAAAGUGAAGGCAGAAACAAAACAUUUUCUUUGUAACAACUCUUUAAUGUGUCCCAUUUGAAAGUCAUUUGAAUUUUAAAGAUCUUUUUUUUUUUUUUACAAACCUCGGUACAUUUACUGCUUAUUGUGAAAUAUUGUUUGGAAAAUUCAAAACUAUAUCAGAAUCUUUUUACAGAAAUUAAACCAUCCUGGUUGACGCUUGUACAUAAUCUGUUUAAGGUUGGUUGAGGGGACAUGUUUGUGUCAGUUUUCACAGAUUAGAUCAUGAUGUAUAUGGAUAAUAAUAUGUUUUUCUGUCUUUUUGUACUAUGUAAUUAAACAUGUCAGGUUUGUAAAUCACCCAGUCAGAUCUGCUUGUAUUUGUUACUCGGAAAAAAAAUUUGAAUUGUGCCAAUGUGAUUAAAUGUUGCUUUUGAUUCUAAACUUUA